UUCAAUCUCGACAGAUCAGAUCAGACCAGACUCGCAAACCACACACAUAAAUAAUUUCUUUACCGCCAAUCGGCAAGCCAGCCACGAUCCAUCCAGCCCUCGCCGGUCGCCACCACGACCGAUCCCGCCAUGGCGACGGCGCCGCCGCAGCUCCUCCUCCUCGCCCUGCUCUCCUGCCUGAGCCUCGCCUCUGCCGCCCCGUCGCUCCGGCCGCUCCCACGCGCCGACGACGACGGCCUCCUCGCGCGGACCACCGGCAGCUCCUCGUCGCCUUCGGAGCGGGGCGUGGGCGCGCGGACGUGCUGGUACACGGUGCAGAUCAAGACGAGCUGCUCGUCCCCGGCGCGCACGUCGGACGCGAUCAGCCUGGCGUUCGGUGACGUGUACCGCGACGAGGUGUACGCGGCGCGGCUGGGCGGCGCCGCCGGCGCGUUCGACCGGUGCGCCACCGACACGUUCAAGAUCGGCGGGCCCUGCGGGUACGGCGUCUGCUACCUCUACCUCCGCCGCGCCGGCCGCACCGGGUGGACGCCCGAGUGGGUGAGGGUGUACGAGCCCACCGCCCCCAGCGCGCCCUCCACCUUCCGCUACGGCGACCCGCUCCCCAACAACGUCUGGUACGGCUUCAACCGCUGCCCGCGCCUCGCCUCCUCCUCCUCGUCAUCGUCUCCUUCCUCCGCUGCUGGUGCUGCACAGGCGAUGUAGCCAUGGUCGGAGCAGGUCGUGGCACUCGUGUAUGUAUGAUGGUUUGUGGAUCGAGUACUACAUGUGGAUUCAUUUCUGCUGUGCGUGAGUGAUUGCGUCGUGCGCCUGUAAUAGUCCCGAUCGAGAUGAAAUGCUAUAUGGUACCACGAAUAAAACCUCUCUGCUUUUUUGGAA